ACAUUACACACACACACACACACACACACACACACAUUCACCACGGCAGCAGCGGCAGUGAGCAGGCAGCAGCUAACCCUAAGCGCCUAGUCCGCGGUAGUAGUGUGUACUUGGCGAUUACGUGCGCGACAACGUCGACGACGACACCGACGACGACGACGACGACGACGACGACGGCGGCGGCGGCUGCGGCGGCAUUUUUCUUUUUCGCGGUAAUCACGGAAGAUAAUUGAAAAAAAAAAAAAAAAGAAGAAAAAAGUCAUUUAAAUUCGUUCGCUUUUUCCUGGUUUUUAUUUUUGUUUUCGUUACACGUACGGCGUGUCCGUCUGUUAUCUGUGUAUUCAUUAUACGCGCGUCACCGGUUAUUCCGUCCGACAAACACACACACACGAUAAUAAUUAGUGUAACCGAUAAUUAUUAUUAUUAUUAUUACAACGGUGUGUGUGUGUGUGUGUGUUAACAAUAAUUUUAUUAUUAGCAGGUGCCCGCCUAUCGUUGUGUUGUACACUGUGUAAAUAAUACCGUGCGGCGUCCACCGUUGAUACCCGGCAACGGCGGCGGCGGCGGCGGCGGCUAGGUAGUGUGUUGCCCGCGCGUUGAUGAUAAACACCGACCGUCGUUGAACAGCCGGCGAGCUUGGAAGGGCUAGUAGGGCCGCCAACGCGAUUUGGAUGUAGCGCGGCUCCGUUGGGCCGACCAUGAAGACGACCGGCCGUUUGAGUGGCAGCGAAGCUGCUCGUUUCACGGACCGAUACGCCACCGAUGACACCUGUCUGCACCGUCUGUACCUACGGUGGCUGCGAUAGUAUCUGCGAUAGCGCCGUGUCGCCCAACACCGAUGACUACUGCACAUCGUCGAUGCGCUUACGUUAUUUGCAGCGAAACAAUGCUCGGUCGGUCCACUCGAAUACGUCAGAUUUAAGUUGUGUUUUCAGUAUUUCGUCCGUUGUACAUAAGCAAUAAGAUAAAAGAAUCCAAUCUGUCGAGUAGAUUUCAUCAUGCGACAGGGUCGCGGAGGACAGCGCAGUAAGAAAUGCUGUAGUAGGCGUGUUGCCUCUUCGAUAGCUCUGCCGGCCACUGUUGGAGGCGGAGGUCUUGGCGGGCCGGGUGGCCCAGGAGGUCCGGGAGGCGAAGAUCCUUCUGCUGCAGCUGCAGCGGCGGCCGCGGCAGCAGCAGCUGCAGCCGCAGCAUCUUGGAAAGGACAAAAUGACGGCUCUGGUUUCCCCGGUGGCGUAGGUCCAGGAGGCCCGAUGGGUUAUGGACCGGGAGGACCCGGAGGCCCUUAUCAACAUCCGUCGGGUCACCAGUCGCCGUUCCAACAGCAACAAGGCUCCCCGGCAGGCUCAACCGGAGGCGGGGGUGGCCCGUAUUCCGGAAAUACCACUCCCCAACACCCACACCAAGGCGGCUACAACGCCAGUCCGGCGCCCUCGGGCGGCUCUUCAACCCCAGGACCUGGGUUCGGCGUCGGGGGACCCGGAACGCCCAACAACGGGAGUGCGGGAGGAGGUCCACCGUUCAACAGCAAUAACGGUGGUCCUACGUCGGCCGGAGUUCCGUUCGGCUCUCCUUCGUCCGUCGGUUCGGGUCCGGGCAGUGGCCAACAAUUUGGCAACAGCGGACCGGGCAGUCGACCGGGAUCUGGCCCGCCACCGGGGACGUUUAACAGUAGUAAUCCGCAUUUCGGCGGAGGCAAUCCAGGGUACGGAGGUCAAGGCAUGCCUCCUUCGGCUGGAUCCCCUUUUAGCGGAGUACCUCCCCCUCAUCACAUGAGCGGCCCCGGCGGCCCUAUGACCAACCAUUCUGGAGGAAUGAUGGGAUCUGGUCCUGGCGGACCGGACGGACGUGGCCUCGUAGACCAUCCUUCGUGUUUCCCGAUGGGAGGUGCCGGCGGAGGAAGCGGUGGACGAAGAGGAGGUGGAGGGCACAGCAGUCCUUACUACCAAGGCGGUCCCGGUGGACCGCACGGUGGCGGUCAUCCUCAUCCGCAGCAGCCGCACGGUGGCGGCCCGCCACCUCACCACGGUCCGCCCCAUCCGGGUGGACCACCUCACCCUGGCGGAGGACCUCAUCAAGGAGGGCCCCCCGGCCAUCACGGUCCGCCAGGUAGCGGCGGUCCGUUGCAUCACGGCCCACCUUCCCACCACGGACCCCCUGGUGGGCCACACCACGGUCCUGUACCACCUCACCAUCAUCCUCAUCCACCUCACCCGCACCCACACGCACAGCAUUUACAACCAGACUACCGAAUAUUCGAGUUGAACAAGCGGUUACAAAACCGGAGUGAUGAGAGCGACAACAUAUGGUGGGAACAAUUUGCCACUGAAUUUUUCGAAGACGACGCCACGCUUACUCUUACAUUCUGUCUCGAAGACGGCCUUAAACGUUAUUCCAUCGGCCGAACACUAAUACCUAGGUACUUUAGAAGUAUUUUCGAAGGAGGCGUAACGGAUCUCUAUUAUCAUUUGCGUUCCACCAAAGAAUCGUUUCACACCACCAGCCUUACGUUAGAUUGUGAUCAGUGUACAAUAGUCACUACGCAUUUGCCAAACUCCAAUCCGUCUGGUCAGCAAAACAACGGUGCCCACAUCAAAGGGUCGGUGACGCCGUCACCGGGCGGCGGCCCCGGCGGUCCGGGCGCACCCCCUUCCGGCGGUCCGGGUGGGCCCGGCGGCAACAACGGAGGAAUUUACACGCGUGUGUGCACCGAAGGAAGACUGACGUUGGAGUUCACUUACGAUGAUUUGAUGCGCAUCCGGACGUGGCACAUGGCCGUGAGGCAACACAGAGAGCUCGUGCCCAGAUCCGCUGCCGCCAUGAUAUUGAUGCAACAACAGCAGCAGCAACAGAACCAGCAGAACUCUCAGAAUCCCAAUCAAGAGCAAAUCAUGUUCGAACAGCAACAGCAACAAACGCAAAUGUUAUCGAAAAACAUAACUCGUCAGGGAAUAACCAAUUCGACCCUCAACUAUCUAAGGCUCUGUGUCAUUUUGGAACCCAUGCAAGAACUAAUGUCCAGGCACAAAGCUUACUCGCUGAGCCCGAGAGAUUGUCUGAAGACGACGUUGUUUCAGAAAUGGCAACGUAUGGUCGCCCCGCCAGAAUCUCAGAGACCCGCAAACAAAAGGCGCAAACGCAAACAGUCCAGCGGAGGUGCCGGAACGGGCGGAGCUGGCGGCGGUCCUCCGUCGGGUCCGACGUCCAAUAGCGGCGGAGGUGGUGGCGGCGGCGGCGGCAAGAAAAGGUCGCCGGGACCAAAUUUUAAUCUAGCAUCACAAGACGUUAUGGUGGUCGGAGAGCCAUCGCUAAUGGGCGGCGAGUUUGGCGACGAGGACGAACGUCUUAUCACUAGACUGGAGAACACGCAAUAUGACGCAGCGGCAGCUCUGGGCAGCGGACCCGGCAUCGGGCCGGGAGGCCCCGGCGGACCGGGAUCGGUCGGUCCCGUCGGCGGGCCGGUGGGCAUGGUGGGCGACAUGUCCGGACACAUGGUGGGCGGACCGGGAGGGCCCGGCGGUCCGCAUCACGAUUCAUCGGGAAUCAUCAACCCUUUCGGAGGCGGAGACCCGGGGCAACCUCCGUCAAACGGUCCCCCGGGCGGCGCCGGCAACGGCCCGAACAGUAACCAACAGCAGCAGAACUCUUGGGGAGGAGGCGGCGGCGGCGGACAGCAACAGAAUCAAAACAACGGUCCCGGCAGCGUGGGGCCUCCCUCCAACAACCCGAAUGCGGGUAAUCAAAACUCGUCCGGCCCCAACAGCAACAACCCCAACAACGGCGGUGGAGGAGGAGGCGGAAACCAAGACUCGCUGUCGUCGGAUAAAAAAUCUCCGGGCAGCCUAUUAAAUUAAAUCUAGACAAUUCUAAAUUACUUUUAAAAUUAGGUAUUUAAUUUAAAAAAAAAAAAAAGCGAGAAGUAACGUUCGCAAAAUGUUUUUUGACACAUCACAUACACAUUUAUAAAAAAAAAAAAAGUAAUUCAUUGUAAAUAAGUGUUUUAUUUAAUUUUUUUUUUUUUUUUUUUUGUUUGUUUUCUACUAUACAAUAGUGAAUAGGAAAUAUUUUUGACCGCGCAUUAGGGAUCGAUUGAUUAUUAUUAAUUAUUAUUAUUAUUAUUAUUAUUAUUAUUAUUAGAUAAGUUGUACAUGAAAACAAUUCUAUAACUUCUUAUAGCGUAACGUGCAUUUAAAUAAAAUAAAAAAUAUAAAAAAUUUGACUAUUAUUAUAUAGGUACGAGUAAGUUUUCUUGUAAUCAUUGUUUGUAAACGGUUAUGACCAAUCGAUAUGUUUUAUUAUUUAUGUACUUUUUUUUUUUUUAUUAUUUUAUUUUGUACAAGAUUUUCAGACCGACGUCCGUUUAAAGAGAGUCGCGUCUCUUGUUCCCAACUAUUGGCUAUGUUAUUCCGUGUUGUAAAUAAACGAGUAUAUAUUAAAUAAUUAUUAUAUUAUAUACCAUUUUUUCCUCAUUUUUUUUUUUUGUGUACAUAAUAUACAUUGUCUCAAU